UCUCCACCUCGACUAUCACUCCCUGCAAAGCUCGUCUGCUGCCCGUGUUCGAUGCAGACGGACGCCAUGUGGACGCUGCGACUAUAAUGAGUCGUAAUGUAGGCACCACGGCUGGCGCUUUCCUGCGACGCUCCUUCCUCGACCGUCGACUGGGACAGAGCGAGCUUCGAUCACCACCUUUAUUACGAAUUACAGUACCCUAUAGGCAUAUUGGCCUAGUCCCGCGCACGCUCUUUCCCUCCCCGAAUUUUGUACCUUCUUCUUUGCGACCCUCCCCCGCCUGGAGCUUCUCCCUCUUUUCCUCUCGACCCAAAUUCUCUCCUUCUGCCCAUGUUCAUGAGAGCGUGACUACGGCGGCAGCUGCGGCUUGGGUGAGGCAGGCUCAUAGUGGCGCGUCGAAGGGGAAGAAGAAGAGAAUAGCCAGGAACAUACGCAACAAGAGCUCCGUCACCAAUGGCUCUUCUCCCAAGAACAAACCCCCCUCCACACCUCAACCCGAACUAUCCUCUCAACCCUUCGCAAAAUCUCCCAAAUCCCUUAAAUCACCUCCCAAAUCUGAUCCGUCGCAACUUAACCCCCCUGUCGCCGGAAAACCCCUUUUAGAGCGCAUCCCGCAGUCCCUACCACACUUGAAACGGCCCACCAAAGCGGAGCUUCUUGCUGCUGCUUCGGGCUUCUGGUCCCGUCUGAAGGUCCAUUUCAAGUGGCUUACAAUCAGGAGUACUCGGCCGUUCAACGCCGAUGAAAUAUAUGCGUUGUUCUCCUGGAUACUGGCUGCCCAUAUUCUUUGGAUUAUUGUCGGCACAACGACGUUCUUCUCGCUGACUAUCUUUCUCAUAAAUACCGUCUUUGCGCAGGAGACACUUGCGUCUUGGAUUGGCAACUACCUUACAAAGUCGUCUGGCAUCAAAGUCGUUUUCGAAUCCGCUGUCGUGCCAAAAUGGAAAGACGGAGUUAUUUCGUUCAGAAAAGUGUUCGUUUCAAGACGGCCCGGUCAAGGGCGAGCGCAGGUGAGCAAAGGCUCACAGAUAUCGGCGGCGGCAGCGGCAGCGGCCAUUGCUCAAAAAGAGAAGGAUAUUGCUGAAGGCGUGGUUGAGGAAGAGGAUACAAAUUACACGCAAUUCGAUAUAUCAAUUGACACGGUCAAUGUAACGCUCUCCUUUUCGAAAUGGUUCAAUGGAAACGGCUUGCUUAAAGAUGUCGAAAUAAAAGGGAUCCGCGGCGUUGUGGACAGGACUUCUGUCCAUGCCCUGGAGGAGUACGUCGAUCCCCGCACAUAUAAGCAUGAACACCAACCAGGUGACUUUGAGCUGGACUCUUUCAAGAUGGAGGAUCUGCUGGUUACAAUUUACCAACCUGACAACUUCCGACCCUUUUCGGUCAGCAUUUUCUCCUGUGACCUCCCACAGCUACGGAAGCAGUGGCUCUUCUACGACUUCUUGUCGGCUAACAUCAUGUCCGGUUCCUUUGACGACUCCCUCUUCACAAUUCACCCCCGGCAGACCCACAACUAUACGGGAGCUCAGCUGAUCGACGGACGCGAUGGUGAAGACGGCAGCACGUGGAAGAAACACAGCCGUAUUAGGAUCGAUGGCCUAAACAUCGACCAUCUGAAUCGGGGCUACGAAGGCCCAUUCUCCUGGAUAUACGAGGGAAAUGUUGACAUCGUGGCGGACAUCAUGAUACCUGACGAAAAUGACGGCAGCAUCGCCAAAGUCAUGUCUGACUUCUAUGACAGGAUGGAGGCAAAAGUAGUCUCGAACGGUCGUAAGCAUUUCUCUGAUCGAGCACCUACCGUGGAAGAAGCAGAACAAGAUGAAGCAAAGGAGGAGGAAAUGGAUGAGGAUAAAAGAUUCCUCAUCAUGGACGUCCGUGUACAUCUGAAUGAUGUGAGAGCAGCGGUGCCCAUCUUCACCAAGGAUAUCUCAUACGUAAACAACGCGCUGGUUCGGCCGAUUGUCGCAUACAUAAAUGCGAAGAAGACGUUCAUUCCAGUCAAUUGUAGAGUCGUCAAGCGGGUUGGAGAGUUUGAUGGAAGCUGGACUGUCUAUGACAGCGGAUUGAUGGAUGACCUGUCUCGCGAGAUGUACGACGCAUUCGCCCGCGACGUCCUCGACGACAACACCGCACGCAAACGCCGCAUCAAGAAGGUCGGCAUUUGGACCCUCCAACUUGCCGCUCAGGCUCUCUUCUUGGGACUCGCAGGCAACAUAGCCUAGCGUAAUUCGCUAUCCUCUGUAGAUUCUGUAUAUUAUGAUCUAUCAAUCGAUCCGCAUAGAUGCUGUGGGCUUGGUGUUUCGGAGUCUUUUCAUGGGUGUAACUUUUGGAACGGCUCCAGCUGGUUAGGCUGAGGGAAAUGGCUCGGCUGGCAGCUCGGUGGCACCUGCAUGGUGGCAUUCAUGGGACUCAAAAAAAAAAAAUGCGAUGCUGUGACGCAUCUUCCUUUCUUCUUUCUGAGAGCUUCAUGUAGAAUAAUUAUGCGGCGAUGAAUAGGCAAUGAGAUACGAG